GCAUAUAAGGGAAAUGAUCAUUCAUGCAAGAAAUACGUUAGGCCUUAUCCGAAGAGAAGUCAUCAAUCCUGUCAUUACAGUAAACAUAUGACGUUUAACGUUAGUAGUACGAAAAGGGAACUUCUGUUGCGAAAAACCAUGUAGUAGGCGGAAACCAUGGAAACGGAUAUUUUCUUAGACGCUUUCUGUUGCCAUGGAAACAAUCACAGUGUUCGAAGGCGGCGCUAAACUGCGACGUUAUGCUAUACCUUAGCAUGCUAGCUAACUUGCCUUAAAAUGUCUAAAGCGACCUACCUUAGACGUUUUCAACAACGGCGUUAAUGCGUUUUUAUUGUGUAGUUUGUAUUUUACUCAUUUCCGGGGAAAGUUUGUUCCAAAAAAUAUCAAUUAAAAGAAUUCGAGAUAGUGUAACAGCUAAACCUGUCCCAUGCUUGGGCUAAUACACUCAUGACGUCUUGCUUAACAGGAUGCCAGGUAUUGCAGUAGCCUGUUAUUCAACACCUGCUUCAUAACCAUGCAGGAAGCUGUGAACUUGGAAGCCCAGCUGGCCUGUAAAGAACGAGAAUGGAAAGAACUUCAGGCUUUGCGGAUCCAACAACUGGAGACCGCUCUAAAUGAUGCCACAUCAGAGCUCUCGGCCCAGAAAGAGCGGUUCCUCCGUUUGCGGGAUGACUUUCAAUACAACUUGCGUGUGUUGGAAGAACGGGACAAAGAGCUGGAGCGUUACGAUGCCUUUGCAGCCCAUGCUCUGACCGAGGACAGUGCCAGACGGGAAGAAGUCAGUGAGCUGAGGAUUGAGAUAGCAAAACUCCAGGAUGCUCUGGAGGAACACAGGAGAAUGAAAGAUGAUUUGGAAUUGCAGUAUCAGAAGAGGGGAGUCGAGCACCGCCUGAAACUGGAAAAGGUGCAGAGGGCGAUGGAAGGCGAGAUUGAGAAACUCAGGGAGUAGAAUGAAACUUUGAGACGGGAUCUCCAGAGACGAAUUCGAGAGUCUGAUGGGGAGCUGGCGCUGCAGAAACAGGAAAUGAUGUCAGAUUUUGACAGCGAGAUGAGAAGGCGAGAACAUGAGUUCAGUCUGAAGCUGGAUGAGAUGAACAAUGUUAUUCUUUCCCACGAGCUUCAAGAAAAGCUUUUGAACAAAGAGCUGGAGGUCCACGCCAAAGCUCACAGUCAGGUCACUGAGGCUCUGCAGGCAUCUGAGGAACUUUACCAGCAGGCUCAGAAAGAGGUCCAGCGCAAAGAUUGGGAGCUGAAAAACACCACUGCGAUGAAAGACUCCAGGAUAAAAGAGCUUGAUGACAAACAACAAAUGGAGAGAAAUUAUAAGAACGACCGGGAAGCCUACAACCGGAAGCACGCAGAGCUAGAACGGAGGUCUCGGGAGAGCGAGGAUGCCCUGGACCUCAUGAGAGAAGCUCAUGCCAGGAAUCUCCUGGAAGAGAAGGGCAGGACCUCAGAACUGCAAGCCAAACUGGACAGGCUGAACCUGGAGCAUGAGAGGAGAGAAAAGAGCCACAUGGAUGACCUCAGCCAUAAAGACCAGCAGAUACAGGAGCUCAGAACACAGCUGGAAACAACUCGAUCUGGCUGGGAUACUUACAUCACUCAGGUCUCCAAAGAAAUGGUUGCCAAGGAUACAGAGCUGCUUGCUGGAGGAGAGAGUGAGGCCAAAGUGAAAGCAGAGCUACAAAAGUGUAAGGAGGAUGUGGAGAGGUAUAAGCAGCAGGUGGCUAGUGGUCUGCAGAGGGAACAGGCACUGGAGCAAAAGAGAGUUCAGUUGGAAUUGGACUGGGAACAUCGUUGUGAGGGGGUGCGUUCUGAACAUUACCUGAAGAGUGAGGAGCUCAUCCAAAGCCUGACACAGGCCAGAGAUCAGGUAACAGCUGAGUUAAGAGAGAAGGAACGUGAGUUACAGGAGACAGUGGCUUUGCUGAAAAGUGUCACCGUAGAGAGAGACCAGGCACUUCGAGGAACCAAACCAGCACCAACUGGAACUCAGGCUUCUGCAGUGCACAGCAGUAGUUUCCCUUCAGAGGAGAUCAGGAGACUCCAGCAGCAGAACAGUAGUCUUAGAAGUGUAGUGGCUGAAAUGAGGAAAGAUAUGGAGAACCUGUGCAAACAGAUGCCACCAUAUCAGAGCCAGAACCCAGCCAGGAGCAAAGAUACAGAUCCCAGCACUGCAGGUACUAUAGAGUACACUCAGGCUUUGGAGAAGGAAAUCAAGGAGCUCAAGGCCAGAUGUCGUGAUCUUGAGGGGCGGUUGGAGGAGGCUUCCAAGACCGUCAAUAUUUCCAACACUCCGGCCUUUACACUUCCUGUUUCCCCUGACAAUGCUUACCUCCAAAACCAUAUCAGAUCCCUCAAUGAGACCAUAGGUGGGCAGCGAGCAGAGAAAGUGGCCAGUGCAGCUGCUCUGAAGAAACAGGAAGUGAGACUUGCCCAUUUGGAGUCUGCUGUGUAGCAGCUCACCCAACAAUGUCAUUCAAAACACGUUGAGAAGGAGGGGUUACAUCUGGAGCUGGCCAAUCAGAAGAGGGCAGCAGCAGCAAACGACGCCAAGCUAAAGCAAAUAUUGGCUGCAACUGAGCUGGAGUUACAGGAAGUGAGAAAGGAGGCUGAAGAGUACCAGAAAGGCAGUUUGCUCCAUAACUUAGAGAAUGUGGCCCUUGGAAACCAGGUAUCAGCAUUAAAGGUGGACCUUGCAAGCAGGAGAGAGCCCAUUGUUCUUAUCCAGAGUGAGACCGUGAAGAUGCUCCAGGAGGAGAACCUGUCCCUGAGACAGCAGCUGCUGUUAGGAAGAUCAGCCAGAGGGGGCGCCCUGGGUGAUGUCGCUCUGCUUCAAUCGAAGCUCAAACAGGCUGCACGCUUGAUCUCCAGCCUCAGUCAGGACAAGCGGCAGCUCAUUGAAAUGGGAAACAGGCUCCGAGCGCAGCUGAUAGAGGCAGGAAUAGAGGUUCCUCGGGACCCAAAAAUCAUAAUCAAACCAAGCAAUGUUCCAGAACAAAGCCUGGUGGGAAAAGACCCCUGCCAGUCUGAGCAUGGGCUCCGGUCAAAGAGUCGCUUAUCUACCUUGGAACAGCUACAGUACCAGUUAACCACUCAGGAACUACAAUAUGCUCAGAGAGAUCAGAAUAAGAGAAAGCCUAUCGUAGUUCAUCCUCGGUUCUCGGACAGCGAGAGUUCAGAGAAACACAGAUCCAUCAACCCAUGGGAUCCACCUGCCAGAAGCAAGUUUGUGGGUAGCAAAGAAAACACAUCCCCACAACCAAACCACUCUGACCAUGUCCUGCUGUCGUCUGUGGGCACAGACGAGUCUCUACAGGAAGUGUGGAAGAUGUUGGAUCGAGGUUUGAGUUCAUCUCUGUUUUCUCCAAGUGAAAGCGAGGACAAAGGCAAUGUGGCUGCAGACAAGAGAGCGCAAGAUAGUGCCCGUGAGCAACCUACUCCACUGGUCAGCGUAGAAGGCACAAAAGCAUCACUCCAAGAAAAGAAACAAAGUCGAACAUUUGUACAUGAACAAAAGACACGGCCUGUUGGAAAUUUAGGAAGGAUUCGAAAUUACAACAUUAAAGACUAAAAAAGACAUCGAUCCUCAUGAGCCAUUUUUUAUGAGGGAAUACACAAGUACUGUAGGCCUAUUUUUUAUUCUGCUUUUUUGUAACUUGUUUUAAUAAAUUAUUGUAUGAUGUAAACAACAUAAAUGUAAAUCACCAGUCAUUUGUUAUGAUCAUCAAGAGAUUUAUACAUAACGUUUUCUCUAUAAUGUUACGUUUUUCCAAAGAAUUUACACACAUUUAAAAAAUAUGUUAAUAAAAAAGUGUCUAAAUGUAUUCAGAUGGUUCUCGCAUAAGUAUUUAAAUAUUCAUAUGCUUUACAUGCUGUAUAAUGUUGUUUUUAUAACUAAUAUAAACAUUUUGUGAAUUCGUUUCUUUGAACGAUAGCAGCUCCUUUCAGAGGCCCGCCUCCUUGAUUUACGUCGCAGUCUCAGCAGGUGUAGGAUUAAACUCCUCCCACAGCAUUGUACCCACAUCACCCUAUCUCCUAGCAACACCCUUGCAUUCAUUCUGAUUGGCUUCUUAUGCACACCUCCGCUCACUGAUUGGUGCGUUUUGUUCACUGGUAACCGUCAAAAAUUCAGUCACGCAGUCUCUCACGUGUCUCAAGUGAUCAGCAGCGUCACCAAACGAUCAGCAAAACACAAAAGGCUUGUUCGACUUGAUGCGGCGCCGCAAGAUCAGAACACGU